AUGAAUCGACCAUCCCGAACAGACGAACCCCAGAAGGGCGAUGGGUAUAACCAGAGCCCCAACGAUCUCUCAAAUGACCUCACCACAAAUGAGGAUCUAAAUGGCAUUUCAAACUCGCGAGUCCAGAGGAGUGGCGAACCCCUCUCAAUACAGUCCGGAGGCCAAAACGCACUCUUAGAUGAAGUGUCCAACCUCCAGGAUACCGAAGGGAUACCGACGGUACGAAUCAAGGAUGGCGUCCCUGCUGAGUCUCUCGUUGUUGAGCAGCAGGCGCAAGGGGGGCCGCACGAGUUCGGGGCCGGUCCCCAGCUGUCGGCCGCUUCUCAUGGCGGUGACGAUGGCGGCAAUCGUCGAGGUCGCGUGACAUCGGCUCUUCACCGCACUAAAAAUGCCAUCAUCACUUUCUCGAAGUUCAUCGGGCCUGGUUUUAUGGUUGCCGUCUCGUACAUCGAUCCCGGCAACUACGCCACCGACAUCGCUGCUGGCGCCUCAUACCGUUUCCGCCUGCUUUUCAUCGUGUUACUGAGUAACAUCUUCGCCAUCUUCCUCCAAAGUCUCUCCAUCAAACUCGGGACCGUCAGCGGUCUCAACCUGGCCGAGGCAUGCCGCGCUUUCCUGCCUCGAUGGCUGAACUAUUUUCUGUACGUUAUGGCCGAAGCGGCCAUUAUUGCUACUGACAUUGCAGAGGUCAUCGGCACGGCAAUUGCCAUCAACCUCCUUAUUCCCAAAAUACCCCUUGUUGCUGGCUGCGCCUUGUCCAUCCUCGAUGUCAUGGUUAUUCUCCUAUUCUACCAGCCCAGCGGGUCGAUGAAGGGCCUACGAGCCUUCGAGUUUUUUGUCGUGCUCCUUGUCCUCGGCGUCGUCGUCUGCUUCUGCGUCCAGCUCUCCCUCAUCCAGGAGACCCCAGUGGGGGAGAUAUUCCGUGGCUUCCUUCCGUCCGAUGCCAUCACCGAGCAACGGGGCCUCUACCAGGCCUGCGGCAUCCUCGGCGCCACCGUCAUGCCGCACAGCCUGUACCUCGGCUCCGGCAUCGUCCAGGCGCGCCUCCGGGAAUUUGACAGCAAGUCCGGCCUCCUGCCCCCGGACCUGCCGCCGCCCGCCAUGGCCAUGAGCUCCUCCGCGGAGUCCGCCUCGACGUCCAAGGCCACCUACAUCCCCUCGCUCUCGGCCGUCCGGUUCUCGAUGAAAUACUCCAUCGCCGAGCUAGCCAUCUCCCUCUUCACGUUCGCCCUCUUCGUCAACAGCGCCAUCCUCAUCGUGGCCGGCGCCUCGCUCUACGGCAACCCGGACGCCCUCAGCGCCGACAUCUUCGGCAUCCACGACCUGCUCUCGACUUCCCUCUCGCCCGCCGCGGGCACCGUCUUCGCGCUCGCGCUUCUCCUCUCGGGCGUCAGCGCCGGCAUCGUCUGCACCAUCUCCGGCCAGAUGGUGUCCGAGGGCCAGCUCAACCUGCGGCUCCGGCCCUGGCUCAGGCGCCUCGUCACCCGCUCCAUCAGCAUCACGCCCAGCAUCAUCAUCGCCGGCGCCGUCGGCCGCGAGGGCCUCGACGCGGCCCUCAACGGGUCCCAGGUCGCCCUCAGCGUUGCCCUGCCGUUCGUCGCCGCGCCGCUGAUCUGGUUCACCUGCCGCACAAAGUACAUGACCGUCCAGCCCGGCAUGGCGCGCUUCGCUGUCCAGGCGCCAGCGUCCCAUGCUGGGGAGAGGGACGGGAUGGAUGGCGAAGGUGAUGCCGAGGGUUUGGGCGGGAGGCGGGCGCGGAUGCGGUCGCUCUGGGCCAGGAUCAUGUUCCGGCGCAACGGCCGCCGUGGUGGGGGGAGCGAGGCCGAGCACGGCAGCGUGAAUAUGGCUAACUCGUGGCCUGUCGCUGCGCUAGCCGUGCUCAUCUGGAUCGUCAUCGCGGUGCUGAAUGUGGCGAACUUGGUGUUGUUGGGGCGGGGCUCCUAG